UAGAGCCUCAUAGAAGCGGCACUAGUUCGUUUUGUGGAACGCUGCUGGUAGGUUCUUCUUCUUCAUUUCGCGAGAAAACCUAGAAAACCUUCCUCCUACUACUAUCCGCCAUGGAUCUUGAGGCGGAGAUCCGCGCAUUACAACUUGAUUCAGCAGAUGAAAUCAAUGGUGUUGUCACUCCAGAAGAUCAUAACUCUGUUGAAGUUGAAAAAUUGGAUAAAGCAGAAGAAGACUUGAAAGAUGAGGUUCAAGAAUCAGUCCCAGUUCCUGACGAGCAACAAGCUUCUGAGGAUCAUGAUCAAGUAAUGCUUCAUCCAGUGCAUAACCCAGCGAAAGCUAAAGAGAAAGCUGCUCAAGAGAAGGCUGCCAAAGAGGAAGCUGAAGAGGAAGCAGAAGCAAAUAAAAAACGACACUUGAACGUGGUGUUCAUUGGGCAUGUCGAUGCUGGUAAAUCUACAAUUGGAGGACAGAUUCUAUUCCUCAGCGGUCAGGUGGAUGAUCGACAAAUCCAAAAGUAUGAGAAGGAAGCAAAAGACAAAAGUAGAGAAAGCUGGUAUAUGGCAUAUAUAAUGGAUACAAAUGAAGAAGAGAGGCUCAAGGGUAAAACAGUUGAAGUGGGAAGGGCUCACUUUGAAACUCAGAGCACUAGAUUUACCAUUUUGGAUGCUCCGGGACACAAGAGUUACGUACCUAAUAUGAUCAGUGGAGCAUCUCAAGCGGACAUUGGUGUACUGGUGAUUUCAGCUCGAAAAGGUGAAUUUGAAACAGGAUUUGAGAGGGGUGGGCAGACACGUGAACAUGUUCAACUUGCCAAAACAUUGGGUGUGUCGAAGCUGAUUAUUGUUGUGAACAAGAUGGACGAUCCAACUGUGGGAUGGUCGAAAGAAAGGUAUGAUGAAAUAGAACAAAAAAUUGUACCAUUUCUGAAAGCCUCUGGUUACAACACUAAGAAAGAUGUUGUCUUCUUGCCUAUAUCUGGUCUAAUGGGAAUAAAUAUGGACACGAGGAUGGGUCAAGACGUUUGUCCUUGGUGGAGUGGCCCUAGCUUUUUCGAAGUCCUUGAUUCUAUUGAAAUUCCGCCACGGGAUCCUAAUGGUCCAUUCAGGAUGCCUAUUAUUGAUAAAUUUAAGGACAUGGGAACUGUUGUUAUGGGGAAAGUUGAAUCUGGCAGCAUCCGGGAGGGUGAUUCCUUGGUUGUAAUGCCAAACAAGGAACAAGUGAAAGUUGUUGGUAUAUAUUGCGAUGAAGACAAAGUUAAACGUGCAGGACCUGGUGAGAAUUUGAGAGUUCGUAUUACUGGCAUUGAAGAUGAGGACAUCCUUUCAGGUUUUGUCUUAUCCAGUAUUGUAAAACCUGUCCCUGUUGUUACUGAGUUUGUUGCCCAACUGCAAAUCCUUGAGCUGCUUGACAACGCUAUUUUUACAGCUGGUUACAAGGCAAUUCUCCAUAUCCAUGCAGUGGUUGAGGAGUGUGAGAUUAUCGAAUUGAAAAGCCAAAUUGAUCUCAAGACAAGGAAACCCAUGAAAAAGAAAGUUUUGUUUGUGAAGAAUGGUGCCGCUGUUGUGUGCCGCAUCCAGGUUUUGAACUCAAUUUGUAUUGAAAAAUUUGCGGAUUUCCCUCAACUUGGAAGAUUCACUCUACGAACUGAAGGAAAAACAAUUGCUGUUGGAAAGGUGACUGAGCUCUCAAGUGCUGCCUCAAGCGCUUGAUCCAAAUUUUGUGAGAGAAAAGGAGGCUUUUGGGUUGCACCAAGAGGGAGAUUAGUAAAAUGCUUCAUGAAUGGUUCGGACUAGGAAAUCUGAGGUCCCUAAAACCCAAUUCCUAGUUCCUUUCUGUUCUGUGCACAGUUGAGGUUUGAGAUUCACAAGCUGCGGAGAGGUGUAACCUGAGACCCUUUUUGCUGGAUAUUUUAAAGCUAGAGAGAGAAUUAUGAUGAACAUGAGAGUUUUUUUGGUUCUGUUUUCAAGUUUAAAUAUACAACUAUGACUACCUUCCUUUUGGCUGACUAGUCUGUUUUUCGGCUAUUUGGAGAUUGUUAUUUCAUAGUUGAGGAAACACUAUUUGUUCCUUAAUACUUGUCAGACAGGUUCAGGUUUCUAUCA